ACCCUCUCUCCCUCUCUCCUACCUCCCUAUUCGCAAGCACACAACAAGCCAGACGAAGAAACACGCGUGCACCACGCUAGGACGUCAUGGGAUACCCAUCGUGUAGGCUUGGUUCGGCGGCGGGGCAAGCAAGCAUCAUCGUCGUUGCCGAGGCGGACGACCCCACCCUCGUUGAGCUGGAACGCCUCCCGAAGGACGCUUCCGAGGUCUUGUUCAGGGGUUCGACGAUCGAGGAGUUCUCUACGCCCGAAGGAAAGCGGGCCCUCGCCGAGGCUAACGUACUCCUCAAUUGUAUCGGCACGAAGGAUCUGCUGAGCCAGCUGUUCCCCUUGGCGCCCAAGCUGGCCUGGGUCCACAGCCGGUUGGUCGGAGUGGACGCCGCCCUUUUCCCGGCGCUAAUCGAGGCCGACGACGUCUCGUUGACCAACGCAAGAGGACUCUUCGCCUCUGCUCUCGCGGAGCACGUGGUGCUGUCUUGCCUGUACUUCGCAAAGGACGUCGACCGCUGGAAGCGGAACCAGAAGUGCCGCAAGUGGGAGCGCUAUCACGUCGCUGAGGUGUCCAGGACUACGCUUGGGAUCAUUGGGUAUGGAGACAUUGGGCGAGCAGCGGCCGUGAAAGCCAAGGCCAUGGGCAUGAAGAUCAUCGCCCAGAGGAGGAGGCCCGAACUCUCGAUCGGGGACGGCAUAGUCGAUCAAGUGUUUGGGGCCGGUCAGGUUGGCGAUGUGAUCGCACAAUCUGACUACAUCCUGGUUGCGGCUGCGUUAACGCCCGCUACCGUGGGGAUGGUGGGCGCGGAGGAGCUUUCGAGGGCAAAGCCUCACGCUGUGAUCAUCAGCAUAGGCCGGGGGCCUCUUAUCGACGAGGGAGCCAUGACACAAAUGCUGCAAGAUGGACGUUUGAGAGGUGCUGCACUGGACGUUUUCACGACGGAGCCCCUGCCGACAGACAGCCCCCUUUGGGGCCUGGAAAAUGUGCUGCUGAGUCCCCACAACGCUGACCUGGCAGCCCACUACCUGAGCGACAGCGUCCGCAAGUUCGCGGAAAACGUCGACAACUUUGUCAAGGGCGACGACAUGUCGAUCCACGUUGUUAACAAGAAAGCCGGGUACUGA